GGUGCAGAUUUCACCCUAAACUGCCCUCAUCACCAGGCAAUACUUUCAUUUCUCCACCCCUCAACGUGGAGAGGGAAGUGAAAGCAGCGACAGCGACUAAUAUUAUUCUCUUUUUUCGUUCCUCCUUUUUCCUCUGAAACUCACUUCUUACCUCCGCAGCUUAUAUUUUUGCUUUACGAAUCAAAUCCAGCAAGAGGCGCUCGUCAGCCACUCCGCUUCCAUCCACCUCCCCCUCCGUUCAGUCCAUUUUCCCUCUCGGUGUUAGCUAGCAAACUUACCCGGGCGACGCUAACUCUUGUCCCUCCAUCUGCUCGCCGACAUGCCGGAGUACCUGGACGACCCGUCUGUGCUCACCAAGGACAAGCUGAAGAGCGAGCUGCUGGCCCACAACGUGGAGCUGCCGAGCGGCAACCCGAACAAGGACGUGUACGUGCAGCUGUAUCUGAAGAACCUGACCGCUCAGAACAAGAAACAUGUCACCGCCACCACUCUGGACGCCUUCUCCAGCGACGAGGAGCUGCCGCCGCCCGUGGUCUCCAACAGAAGCCGCUCAUCCGGCAGAAAAGCCACCAGGAAAACAGACAAGGUUCAGCCAGAGGAGCUGGAUGUGACCAUGCUGACUGACGAGGGCCUGAGGGACGAGCUGCUCAAACACGGAGUGGACGUGGGGCCGGUUGUGGUGUCCACCCGUAAACUGUAUGAGAAGAAGCUGCAGAAGCUGCUGGACAAUGGUCCUGUGCAGCCGCCACAGCUGGUUCUCACAGAGAUACAAGUCAACCACAACGGCAAAUCUGAAUCAGACCUGUACAGUGACAAGGAGGACGAAGUGACAACAGCACCAGAACCAGAGCCUGUGGCAGAUCCUGAACCGGCUCCACUGGUGGAGAGACCGGUGAGGAGCCGAGGGAAGACGCCGGUCACCACCCGCACCCGCAGCAGCCAGCACCACACGAUCCACAGGGAAGAACUGGGGCUGGCUCGUCCCAAACACAGUAAGGAUUCAUCUGACAAGCCCGUCGCUCUGCUCAAUACUGCUCUGCUAGAGGAACCUGAACCACAGAGGUCUGCCAGGCUUUCAUCCCCUCUGGUUCACCUCACCAGAGUCGAGCCACUCACCUUUAGACCCUCGUGUAACAUCUCACCCAUUAAGCGUCAGGAGUCCCGCUGGACUGUGUCAGACCAGGUCUCUGCAGCAGGGGUGGAGAAGAUCACAGCCAGUGACCAAAACCUGAAAGUGCAUGAGAGUGAUGUUCUGAAGGAGCUGUUCCCCAACGACAUCAACAGUCCAACAGGAAUCACCGCCACCUGUCGGCGACCCAUCCGAGGAGCGGCUGGUCGCCCGCUGAAGUCCAGUGACCUGUGGAACAGUGAGAACUGCCUCUUCUCCCCGAAAACCACCAAGACCAGCAGCUCCUCAUCCUCCUACACAGAGAGCUGCACCGUCAACAGAGUCACCAGCCUGCCCCCCUCCACCCCCUCCACCAGCUUCACCUCCUCUACCUCCACCUCCUCUUUCUCCAACUCCUCCUCCAGGCUUUUGUCUGCAGCUCCCCCUGCAGGCCCGACCAAAGCAGAGCGCCGCGGCAUGUCUCUGUGGAUUAAGCUGUUCCUGCUUGCCAUCGUGGCAGCGUUCCUGUUCUUGGUUUACCAGGCCAUGGAGACCAACACCAUCAACCCAUUUGUAGGCUCAGACACAGAUGUGGCCAGUAGCAGUGCAGCAUAGAGAGCACAGGACGUGUCUGAGGGGAGAGAGAAGCUUGCUUAUAUUAUUUCAUUUUUUAUAAGUGUGCAUUGUAGCCAUGUUGUUCACGGGUGCUGUGAAAUGACCUCUGACAUCAACGCCCGUUUGUUUGUUUCUUUUUCCUUCCUUUCUCAAUCUGUUUUUACCGAAUCCUGAAAGAGAUUUGACAAAGCCAUUUCAGUAACGCUUCGAGGAUCUCCAUGACACGUUGUGAAAGGACAGUACUGCAUCAGCUGUUGUUGUUUUGGUCCACCAAUUACCUCGCCGUCUGUGAGGUUACUACGAAGCCAGCCACUAAUCAACUCUGAGAAACACAAACAGUAGAUUUCAUAGAAAUAGGUGGACCUACUUUUUAUUGCCAUGUUGUGUGCGUGUGCGUGUGUGUUUGAGUGUGUGUGAGUGUGUUUGUACUGAAUGUGUGUGGUUCAGAUGUAUUUUUUUCACACUCUGCCUUAGUUUCUGUCUCUGUUGGUCAUUAACAGCGUUGAAGAUGGAGUUUGAACCUGUAAUUUUGUUUUGUACUCGACCAUCUUUGUUAAUGAGACAGGGAGGCUCGUUAUUAUAAUCCAAACGCUUCUUCUUAAACCCUACGCCAAUAUUUUCUUAAUGUUCUCUUAUAAUGAAUUUGAAUGUCCCAGUGUAUUCUACUUAAUUAUGUAUUCACUGUCACAAAUAUUGAAUAUCCACUCAAUAAACUACUAUGUUGUUA